AUGCACCUUUUACGAUGGUCGUUCAAGCUUCUUACCUUCAUCGGUCUGCUAUCGCCGUCCUCUUGGAAGUAUUCGUGGAAGAGAAUUUUGUACAGCGUCUACACGAUCGUAGUGUUACUGUUGAUCUUCAGUUUCGAGAUUUUUCUGUUUCUGGAUCUCGUUAUUAACGUGGACAAUCAGGAUGACUUCAGUGAGAAUUUGUACGUGACGCUGGUGUUCUUCUCCAGCUGUUGCAAGUCACUGAUGUUGUUAAUUUAUCGCGGAGAUAUCGAAAUUUUAUUGGACGCUCUGCUUGAGGAACCUUUCGUGCCUCUGAACGAAGAAGAGGACAAGAUUCGAAUGAAAUUCGAGGAACAAAUCGAAUGGAGCUCCAAAGCAUACACGAUUGUGUUAGACGUCUUCUUGGUAUGGCUUUGGGCGGACGGGUAUUUCGCAUACAGACGUGGAAAAUUGAAAUUCCGUGUCUGGACACCUUACGAUUACUCAUCGCCGCUUUUCCUUCUUCUUAGCUUUAUCCAUCAAGUCCUAGCCACGAUAUUCAGCACGAACUUAAACGUCGUCUACGAUUGUUUCUUCAGCGGUAUAAUGCUUCACAUUUACAGCCAAUUCGAGAUCCUCCAAUACCGUAUGAAGAACAUCACGACGGAUAAAAAUUACUCGGCGAAACUCUGCGCGUACCACCAUCAUCGUAUAUACCAGUCGGUUUUCCAUAUUAUUCUAUCGAACUUGUAUUCGUUAUAA